AUGUCUACCGCCGUCGAACAAAAGGAUGGCCAUUUGAUUGCGCGGCCGCGUGUGGUCGCAUCCAAGGACGACGAUACCCUCACUCCUGUGGACCAAACAACGUCGAAUGCGAGUGACCGUUCAACCCCUGUCCCUGAAGAUGCGCCCCCGUCCGCGCACUCGAUAUCAACAGCUAGAGCGCAAGUUCGAGCACGCCGUCGCCUCUUCUAUACAAUUGACUAUGUCCCCCGUGUGUCUCACUUCGACCCUCGAAGCGACUAUCAUAACUUUCGCGGGUUCUUUGCGCUGUUCUGGAUUGCGUUGGCGAUCAUGGUCUUUACCACCGUCCUCCGGAAUAUCAAAGACACGGGCUUUCCAUUGAGAGUACGGGUAUGGAGUAUUCUGUCGGCAAAUGUCUGCGAGCUGGGUCUUAGUGACCUUGCUAUGGUUGUCACAAGUGGGUUGGUCCUGCCGCUCCAGAAAGUCUUCAGGAGUCGGGGUUGGCUGCGAUGGCGCCGGGGUGGAAUGGCUAUACAGAGCUUGUUUGAAGCUGCGUGGUUGUUUUUAUGGAUCAAUUGGCCGUUUAUGCGGCGCUGGACCUGGACGGCGCAAGUCUUCUUCACCCUCCACACCUUGACCUUCCUUAUGAAGAUCCACUCCUACGCAUUCUACAACGGACAUCUGAGCGAUAUCGAGCGUCGUCUGUUCCUACUCGAUAACCCCAAGUCCACUCUGACGGACGGUGUGGACCAAUACCCUCAUGUCCACCAGCCCUCGCAGAGGCACACUCACAAGCGAUCAGGAUCGAUCCCAGAGUUGCGUGAAGACUUGGCUAUGGAACUCACCUCGCCUCUGGGCAGCGUCACAUACCCUCAGAACCUGACCUUCGCCAACUACCUCGACUACAUGUUCUGCCCCACACUCUGCUACGAGCUAGAAUAUCCCCGCAACCCCCGCCUCCGAUGGUCAGAACUAGCAUUCAAAACGGCAGCCGUGUUCGGAUGCAUCUUUCUGCUCACGCACACGAGCGAGGAGUUCAUUGUUCCGGUACUCAGCGAAGCCAACGCAAACUUGCAGCUGGUUGAGAGCAUCCCGGAGAAAGGCCUAGUCCUUGCGGAGACGAUCAGCAUGCUCUUGUUCCCCUUCAUGAUCACCUUCUUGCUUGUGUUCCUGGUUAUCUUUGAGUACUUGCUCGGUGCAUUCGCGGAGAUUACCCGGUUCGCAGACCGUCACUUCUACUCUGACUGGUGGAAUUCAUGUGACUGGCUUGAAUUCUCCCGUGAAUGGAACGUCCCCGUACACAACUUCCUCCGCCGCCACGUCUACUACCCAUCGCGUUCGCACUUCUCCCAACCCGUCUCCAUGAUCAUAACCUUCCUAGUCAGCUCCAUCGCCCACGAGCUAGUAAUGAGCUGCAUCACGAAGAAACUGCGCGGCUACGGAUUCCUGGCUAUGAUGCUUCAAUUGCCCAUCGUGACUGUGCAGAAGUCGAAGUAUUUCCGGGGGAAGACUACUCUUAACAAUACGUUCUUCUGGUUCUCGAUGAUCCUGGGUCUUUCGAUGAUGUGUGCGUUGUAUGUGUUGGUUUAG